GACAGAUUCUUUCACUUGUUUUGAGUUCCUUUUCCCUCAGAUUAAGUGUUUGUAUCAUGUUUAUAGACACACCUUUUGUUGCAGUGUGUGUUCCAGCUGUUGUGUGAUUGUAGAGCCAGACUCAUGUUGUCUUGUCUGACAGGUUUCCCUCCACGCCCACACACAAACACACACACACACAUGCUCCGGUAGAAAGAGUCACAGGGCGUGGAAAGAGGCUUUUAUCUGCCGCUCUGCUGCUUCCAGUCAGUCAGUGUGCAGCCUGCUCUGCUUGGAGGAAUGACUCAGUGACGAGUCUUCCUGCAUGUUGGCUGCAGCCGUCUCUGCUCUAAACAGCGCCAGGAUGUCGGGGGAGUGUGUUCCUGAGGGUCCAGACCUGGGCGAGAUGGGCGAGGAGGAGCUCUGGGAGCUAAUCAACGAUAACCGCCACCGGAUCUCCCUGGGGGUGCGGCCCUGCGUCCUGAUCCCCUACCUGAGGCAGGCCAGAGUCCUCACCGAGAUGGACGAGGACGAGAUCCUGUCCUGCCACAACCUGACCAACCGCAGCAUGAGAACCAGUUAUAUGUUGGACCUGCUGAGCACCCAGGGGAGGAACGGAGCUGUGGCCCUGCUGGAGGGUCUGAUGAUCCACUACCCCAACCUCUACACCCAGGUCACUGGACGCAAACCCAGCACCGAGCCUUCCAGAUUCAGUGGCCUGAUAAAGUACUCUGAGCUGACGGAGUACCUGGUCCGAGCGGUGACGGGGAUGCAGAAGGAGCUGCAGGAGGCGCGCUGCGAGGCGGGCAGGAAGAGUGCUCGCUGCGCCUCCCUGGAGCUGGAGAUCAGGCAGAUCAUGGAGCUGGAGGAGAAGUCCAGAUGUCUCCGCUCUGACAACGAACGCAUGAGGAGACACUUGUGUUCUCUGCAACACGAAGUCACCAAGAUGAAGGACGAGAAGUGUGACCUGUACAUGCGCUACACGGCCGCCAUCGAGGAGAAAUCAGCCGUCAACAUGCGCCUCCACGACCUCAACCUGCAGGUGUACCAGCUGCAGACGGAGCUCCAGAAGGUUCAAAUAGAGAACGAGUUCCAGAAGCAGCGCUCGCUCAGAGUCUCAGCCUCCACCGCUGAGAAGCUCCAGCAGCAGGAGGAAGUCAGGAGCCUCCGAGUGAAGGCAGAGAACCUGGAUCCUGCCCGUCAGGACAUCCUGGCCCAGGACCUGGCCGAGGCCAUCAACAGCCAGGUGGAGCUGGCCGAGCAGCUCCGACACUACAGAGAGGAGAACGAACAGCUGAUCAAGGCCAAACAAGGGCUGGUGGAGCAGAAGGAGGCUCUGAGUCUGCAGGUGCAGCAGCUGACUCUGGACUGUAACAUGCAGCAACAGAAGAGCACCGUGAUCCAGAACCAGAUGAAGGAGCUGCAGGCAGAACGAGACCAGGCGUACCUGUCCAGGAACGAGGCCCAGACGGUGAUCGCCCGUAACCUGGCGGAGAAGGACGCCCUGAGGUGUCAGCUGGUGGAGCUGCAGGAGAAGGUCUUCAGCCUGCGUUCUCACAGGAGCUCUGGAGAACCACACAAGACCUGUGAUGUAAUGUUUCUAACCCUAGAACAUAAUCAGGGUCCACAUAAACACAACACAUGUGGAUAUAAUAUUAUGUUAAUGUGUGUGUUUGUGUUAAAGGAGCCGGAGGAGGAGUGGGAGAGCUCCAGGUCCAGCUGUGAAGAAUCCCCCCUAUCUCUGCCCUCCAUCCAUCCCAGACGGAGGCUCCGCCGCAUGGACGCAGUCAACCCCAUGUCUCUGAGCUCCGGGAACUCAGAGGGUGAGGAUGCUGUAGGCAGUAGUGUCCGAUCCAGAAACGCAGAGCCUCCCUGUUCAGAGUCGCUCCGCAGGAGGACCGAGUCUCUCUAUGAGGACUGCAGCAGCAGCUUGGAAAUAUUGGAGAAUGAUUUUCUGUUGGACGACUAUGUGUUCAUCCCCAGUGUGGGGAGUGAAGAGAAGAAGACACCGAGGCUUUCCUCUCCUUCUGGCUCCAACACUGACGGCCUGUCCAGAACCUCGGUGCCUCCCUUCCUGUUGCGUUCUCGUCCCAAAGCGAUCCGUGUCAGCGGUCGCGUCCUCAGCAUCUCCUUCCUGGGCGACGCGCUGCUCAAACAGCUGUCGGUGGUGGGAGGCAACAAGAGCGGCGUGUUUGUGCACCAGGUGACAGAAGGCACCGCCGCCCACACUGUCGGCAUCAGCGCCGGGGCCCAGAUAGUGGAGGUGAAAUACGAGCAGAACCGGAAGGCUCUGAGGAUGGUGCUGGAGGAUUCUACUUUAGAGGAAGCUAUGUGGGCUCUUGGACAGGUCACAGGCCUCUGCCACCUCUCCCUCCGGCCUAAACAAGAUGACUAUGAAGCGCUGCUACAUCACCUGCAGAACAGCGACACAUCGUCCGGAGACUCCUUCUAUGUACGGGUCAACAUGUCUCUCCCUGCCGGUCCUAACGGGUCGCUGUCCGUGUCCUGCAACGACAUCCUUCAUGUGACCAACACGCGACCUGCUGGCGGCGAGGACUCGUGGCACGCCAGCCAGGUUCACCCCUGUCAGCUGCUGGACCUGCAGAGUGGAAACGUACCCAACUACUACAGGGCACAGCGACUUCUGAUUCGAGCCAUUGAAGACAUGAGCUUUCAGACAAAGAAGUCUCCAAAGGACGGCCGUGUGGUGGACCAGAAGAAGCAGAAGGCCGUGAGGAUAGUCGGCACAGGACGGCAGGGCAGGAACCCACUGUGGGUCAGUGUGGAGGAUGAAAACACCAAGAGCUCAGAAUCAGGUGAUACAUCUGCACCCAAAAGCUGCCUGACCCUGAUGCCCUACAGCCUGGUCACCCCCCACUUCCCCCCCAUCUGCAGGCCGGUGCUGCUGCUGCCCACCAUCCUGGGACACAUCCUGAACAAGAAGCUGGCUGCCUGGCAGGGCUUCCAGCUCUGUGAGCCUGAGGUGCUGAGUCCCAGCGAGCAUGCCGCCCGGCUGCAGAGGUCAGAGAUCCUGGAGGAGUCGGACCAGGGGAGGAACUGCUGCUACACCCUGCAGAGUGUCGAGAAGAUCAUGAAGAAGGGGACUCACUGUGUGCUGCCGUUGGGGCUGGACUGUGUCCGUCGGCUGCACAGAGCUGAUAUCUUCCCCAUCAUCAUCUUCAUCGGCCAGUCUGCUCGCAGCGCAAGGAAACUGAGGUCCAAGCUGCAGCGCCGCAGCCAGUCGGAGGAGCGUCUGCUGGCGUGUUCCAGGAACGAGGAGCCGCUGCUGGACAAGCUGCCGUGUCUCUACCACAACAUGUCUCCAGACUCGUGGUGCGACCAGAACUCGCUGCUGACCGGCCUGAGGACCGUCAUCUGGGAGGAGCAGAAGAAGAUCGUCUGGGUGGAGCCGGACCUGUGGUGAAGAAUCUCAGGAAACAUUAUAGUGGGGCAGCAGGCAGAGCUAACCUCUUGUUUAUUUUGUGAUAAAAGCACUACAUUUGGUGCAAAUAUAGCUUAAUAUAUUAAAAGAAAGACUGGAUAUUGGGCCAUAUUGCCAUGUUCACAAUCUGAUCACCUCCAAGCUGCUGUUUACAUGUUUUUAACACUUCAAAUAUUAAUUACAUAAAAGUUCAAAUGAAAAUAUAGUUUGUGACAAUGUAAAACAAUAUAAAAUUAAAUAAAAUGCAACAACAUGUUGAGAUUGCCUCUGCAUUUUACAUUAAUAAAUGAAAAAUAGAUGUAAAAAUGACUAAAAAGACACAAAUAACCAAUAAUAGAUGUAAAAUUGACGAAACAAGACACAAAAUGACCAAAAAUAGAUGUAAAAUUGACUAAACAAGACACAAAAUGACCAAAAAUAGAUGUAAAAAUGACUAAAAAGACACAAAAUGACCAAAAAUAGAUGUAAAAAUGACUAAAAA